UCCGAGGCCACGAACCGACUUGGUCGCCACGGAAGCGCAGCAUCAACAAAGGCAGCAGCAGCAGCAGCAGCAGCAGCAGCGUUGGUGGUGGUGGUGUGUCAUCACCAACAUUUUCACGAGAGGAGAAGGAUGGAAAUGGCGGCGGCGGUUGGGGGCAGCGGGAGGAGGGACGCGGAGGCGGAGCUGAACCUGCCGCCGGGCUUCCGUUUCCACCCGACCGACGAGGAGCUCGUGGUGCACUACCUCUGCCGCAAGGUUGCCCGGCAGCCGCUCCCCGUCCCAAUCAUCGCCGAGGUCGACCUCUACAAGCUCGACCCCUGGGAUCUCCCUGAGAAGGCGUUGUUCGGGAGGAAAGAGUGGUACUUCUUCACGCCGAGGGACCGGAAGUACCCGAACGGGUCGAGGCCGAACCGCGCAGCGGGGAGAGGGUACUGGAAGGCGACGGGAGCCGACAAGCCGGUGGCGCCCAAGGGGAGCGCGAGGACGGUGGGGAUCAAGAAGGCGCUCGUGUUCUACUCCGGGAAGGCGCCGAGGGGGGUCAAGACGGACUGGAUCAUGCACGAGUACCGCCUCGCCGACGCCGACCGCGCCCCGGGCGGCAAGAAGGGCUCACAGAAGCUGGACGAGUGGGUGCUGUGCCGGCUGUACAACAAGAAGAACAACUGGGAGAAGGUGAAGCUGGAGCAGCAGGACGUGGCCUCCGUGGCGGCGGCGGCGCCGCGCAACCACCACCAUCAGAACGGCGAGGUCAUGGACGCGGCGGCGGCUGACACCAUGUCCGACAGCUUCCAGACGCACGACUCCGACAUCGACAACGCCUCCGCCGGCCUGCGGCACGGUGGCUGCGGCGGCGGCGGCUUCGGCGACGUGGCGCCGCCGAGGAAUGGGUUCGUGACGGUGAAGGAGGACAACGACUGGUUCACCGGCCUCAACUUCGACGAGCUGCAGCCGCCGUACAUGAUGAACCUGCAGCACAUGCAGAUGCAGAUGGUGAAUCCGGCGGCGCCAGGGCACGACGGCGGCUACUUGCAGUCCAUCAGCUCGCCGCAGAUGAAGAUGUGGCAGACAAUCCUGCCACCAUUCUGAGAUGGAUGGAGCAAGAAAAAGGUUGCUGUAGAUAAAGGGCGGAAAUAGGAGUGAUGGCUAGAAAAUUAUUAGAUUUACUAGAACGAAAAUGAUUAGAAAUCUGGCAAGCAUGAUUCUGCAAAUGUGGUGGUAGAUGCUUGCAGUAUGUAAUUCAUUUGUUCAGUAUAUGCAUUUGGUAAUCUGCAAAACAUCUCCUUUUGUUCUCAUAUCCUAAGCGAAACAUAUAUGAUUUUAUCCUUCA